AUGCCGGAGCGACCGACUACGCCACACAUUCUGUGGCGCGCCUCGGACCGCGUGCGGCUCGCGCUCGACGUGCCAGCCGAGCUCCAAGGCGCGCCGCCCAAGGUCAAUGCAGUGGUAUCGCCAGAAGCGGCGACGCCGAAACCUCGCAUGAAAAAGAUAAAGGCCGCGUACGGCGCGUGGUACCUGCCGCCCAAAGACUGGUGCAAGCAAACCACGCCAGACGGGGCGCGCAGUCGGGGCGCGCAGGCCAAGUCAAGCGAGAGGACAAAGGCGCUCGAGCAAAUCCCAAAGCUCUUCAUUGCGCGCGAGUACCGCAGCUUUAUCGAGUCCCGAAACGCACGCAUGCCUCCGUAUUUGAGCGAGCCGUCGUAGCGUCGUCACGCUUGAUACAUCGAUAGUUUGCAGUGUUAAGCUGUGAACGACUCUACCAUGGAUCGGCACGGAAGCGAGCCGACUUGCCGA